AUGUAUUUGUCAAGAUUCCUCUCUCUCCAUGCCCUGUGGGUUACUGUGUCUUCGGUAAUGCAACAUUAUCCUUCCGUUUGGGGACAUUACGAUGUGUGCAAGACACAGAUUUAUAUGGAUGAAGACAAGAUCUGGGAUUAUACAGCCUGUCAGCCUGAAGCCAUAGAUAUGAUGAAACACGUUAAAGUAAACCUGGAGCCACCUAAUAUAACAUGUGGAAAUCCACCGGAGACCUUCUGCGGGAUGGGGAAUCCCUACAUGUGCAAUGAGUGUGAUGCAACCAUUGAUGAACUGGCACAUCCACCUGAACUGAUGUUUGAUGCCGAAGGAAGGCAUCCCUACACCUUUUGGCAGUCGACCACAUGGAAAGGUUACCCAAAGCCUCUCCAAGUGAACAUUACCCUGUUUUGGAACAAAACGGUCGAACUCACAGACAACAUAGUCAUCACCUUUGAAUCUGGCCGCCCAGACCUAAUGAUCCUGGAGAAGUCCCUCGACUAUGGACGGACGUGGCAACCGUACCAAUAUUAUGCUACAGAUUGUCUAAAUGCUUUUAACAUGGAACCAAAAACAGUGAGGGAUUUAUCUCAGCAGACAGUCCUAGAAAUCAUUUGCACAGAAGAAUAUUCCACGGGGUACAUGGCCAACAGUAAGAUCCUCCACUUUGAGAUUAAGGAUAGAUUUGCAUUCUUUGCUGGGCCUCGGCUUCAUAAUAUGGCUUCUCUCUAUGGGCAGCUCGACACCACCAAGAACCUCAGAGAUUUCUUUACUAUCACAGACUUGAGGAUAAGACUGCUCAGGCCAGCAACUGGGGAAUUAUACGUGGAUCCACAGCACAUGACACGCUACUUUUAUGCAAUCUCCGAUAUAAAAGUAGUUGGAAGGUGCAAGUGUAAUCUUCAUGCCACUGGCUGCAAAGUUGAAAAUAAAAAAUUAUUAUGCGAGUGUGAACACAAUACCACAGGCCCAGAUUGUGGGAAAUGUAAGAAGAAUUAUCAGGGACGGCCUUGGAGUCCAGGUUCCUAUCUGCCCAUUCCUAAGGGCACUGCAAAUAUCUGUAUGCCCAGUAUUUCCAGCAUUGGUAACUGUGAAUGCUUCGGCCACUCCAACCGGUGCAGUUACAUCGAUCUGCUCAGUACAUUCAUUUGUGUGAGCUGUAAACACAACACUAGAGGGUACCACUGUCAAUUGUGCAGGCUGGGCUACUACAGAAAUGCUUCUGCAAAGCUGGACGAUGAAAAUGUAUGCAUAGAGUGUAAUUGUAACCGUUUGGGCUCAGUCCAUGAUCGCUGUAAUGAAAAAGGAAUUUGUGAGUGUAAGCAGGGAGCAACAGGGCCUAAGUGUGAUAAGUGUCUGCGGGGAUAUAACUGGCACAUCCAGGGUUGUCAAUCAAACGUAUGCGACAAUGAACUUCAAAUUUGCCAGAAUGGAGGGACAUGCCACAACAAUAUACGCUGCCAGUGCCCGGAAGGCUACACUGGUGUACUGUGUGAGAAGCGGAGUUGUGAUGUGGAUCCAGACGGCUGCAGCGAAAGUUCAGGGCAAGGGGCAAUAUCGAUACAAACCCUUCUACUUCUACUAUCACCAAUUGCUCCAUUGGGAUUAAGUGGGCCUUUUAUAUUUUAAGCUACGCCGCUCGGGAGACAUCGGCUUCAGACUGCUUUGCGAGAAAGGUGUCCAGAAAAGAAAGAAAGAAGGGGAAAAAACAGAUGCAAAUAAGAAUUUUCAAAAUAAGGGGGGAAAUUAUGACAAUUUUCACACAUAUAUAGACUAAAGAAAAAGGCCUGAACUGAACUAAGCCAUAUGUAGAACCCAACCCGACCAAGACUGUUACUUCUUGGCUGACGCUUAAGUGAGACAGCUGCCAAUAAUAUUACAACGACUCAACACGACGGCUGCAGGCACUUACACAGGUUCAAAAAAAGGCUUGGAUAGCCACCCCCCACCACCACCCCGGAUGGAAAUCCAAAACAGAAAUGACAAAAGAAAAACAACACAAAAAAACUUGCUCUUUCAAACU